ACCGCAAAUUCAUUUUUAAAAUUUCUUUUUCAUAUCCAUUUGUUCAGAGUGCAUUCUCUCCUCAGAUAUAUUCAACUUUUACAAUAUUUGUCUUUUUUUCUUGCUCUACACCACUCUUUUCUAUAUGUAGCUCAUGUAAAGUGAAACCUAAUCGUGACCCAUUAAGGACCUGCAAGAUAUGUAAUGCAUGUUAAGAAAGCCAUUUAGUAUCUCUUAUGCACUCAUCAAAAUACAUUUGGUGACUGUGAAUUAUUCUAAAGUGAGAACAGAAUUCUCUCUGUUGAUGUGACUUUUAGUAGAAAAACUGGGUCCUUAAAGGGUUUGUUCACAGUAGGCAGUGGUGGACAGAAAUUGAUAUUCAUGUAAUUAAUUUUGUCUUCAACUACUCCAAAUAAGUUGACAAUGUCUGGAUGCUGACUGAUCUUAAAAUAGCUCAGUAUUCUUACAAAUUCCUGUAUUUUAAUUUAGUCCUGACUCACAUCCUUCAUGUUUGAAAGGAUUUUUGAUGAGUAGGUUAAUGAGACAGGAGUUUGAAAUGCAUCAUCAGUCAGGCGUGUAGAAACUGUCUGUGACUGACAGCUUUGUUUAAAGCCACCUGUAAUCUGGCAGACCAGACUCCAGACAUUGUACUGUGUCGCUGCACAUGGCUACCAUCCAGCAUUGUGAAGUUACAGCUGCUCAUACUGUUGAAUCCAGUUAUGAUGUGCACCAAGUUUUCCCUGAGAACCUUUCAUUCAUCAAGACUGCAGUAUCAUGCUCAUCACUUAAGUGUCUGACGUGAUUAUGGAAAACCAACUUAGGACUUAAAAACAACAUUGGUUCACUAAAGAGAAAAAACAAAAACAAAACCUCUGAUGGAAGUUUUAAAAUGUUAAGUGUAGAGAUACUUGGAUGGUAGCCACUUGUUUCUUUUUUAUUUAUUUUGGAUGUAAUGUGGAUAUGUUGUACUGUCUAAUUAUGAUCUAUAUUUACAUUACUCUUCACUCUUGCAAUUCAAUUGUUUAAGAACAGCGUUUCACUCACUUAAUGGGGUUUUCACCCUUGAGUCAUAGAUCAGUUAGCUGAUAUUUGACUUAGAAAAGCUCUCAGUAUGGAGCAGAAAUAAAUUGUAAUUGUUGAUUUGGAGGACCUGCUAGAUUUAUCCCUUUUUAACACAGUCCAAAUAAAGAGAGGCCGACACAGAGAGGUCUGUAGGAAGAGCCUCUCAUCAGUCCGCUGUUCAAUGAUGCAACUGUCACAGGGGUGGCCUCAGGGCUCAGUGUGUUUUACAAUGGGAAGACUACAGUUAGCCACUACAUGUGGUCCCCCAGUCACUUCCCCUCACUUUUGUUUUCAUGUCCCAACAUUUAAACCAGCCGAGUUGUUCAUAACAGAAAUCACUGUCUCAUGACACAGCUCAGUUCUUCCUUUUAAACACUCUGAAAAUUACGUAUUAUCACCAGAGGUUGACAUGAGAAGCUGUUACAUUAUCAGACCAAGUUUAACGCAUCAACACAAUCAAAUAAUGAUCUGUCUUUUGCAACCAGUGCCACAAGUACAUUAAAGCUGUCUGCUCCCUCUGCUUUUUUUCUCUUCUCUCCACAUGUGGGACCAAUCGUGACCACACCUGGCCUGCACUACCUCACUCCCACACUCAUACCCUCACAAAUAUGUCAAAUAUUCACUCCUUCUUACACACACUGCACACACUCAUCAUUUGCACUUACCCACACACACUGUGCAGUCUACACCUCACUACCUUCUGCCUCCAGUACAAGCCCACAGUGAUCGCCUGUGUGUGCAUCCACCUGGCGUGUAAGUGGUCCAACUGGGAGAUCCCAGUUUCCACUGACGGGAAACACUGGUGGGAGUACGUGGACAGCUCUGUCACACUCGAGCUGCUGGACGAGUUGACCCACGAGUUUCUGCAGAUUCUGGAGAAGACGCCCAGCCGGUUAAAGAGGAUACGCAACUGGAGGGCAACACAAGCUGCUAAAAAGCCCAAGUCGGACAGCUCCCAGCUGACAGACAACUCCUUUGCUGGGCCUUCCAUGCUCCAAGACCAAGGUGAUGCAUCACUUCCUGGAGUCUCCUCCUCCAACCCAAGUUUUUCCAAAGCUGCAUUCACCGUGUCCCUGCCUGGUCAGUCUGGAGGUGUACCCCUGUCUCUGGACACCAUGGCUAGCGCAUACAAUCCUGCUAGCCAUAGCGAGUGGCCCCAGGCCAAACCGAGCCAAGCAGGGUACCCUUCCACCUGCAUCAAACAGGAACCCCUCAGCAUCCCUCACCAAGAGCAGACACUAUCCCUACAGACCUCCACUUCCUCUUUGCUCCAGCAUCCGCCGAUAUUCAACACUGAGAAAACAGUAGACUUCAAACCUGUUAAACAGGAACAUAAAGGAGCUGGUGGGGGUGGCAAGCAUCAGGCACCACCUCAGCCUGCGUAUCCACCUCCAGUUCAGCAUCCUCCACCACAACCUUCUCCAGCUCAGAAACUGUCUCUGGACAAAUACAGAGAGAAGCAUGCUGCAGAGCUGACUGGCUUGGGGCAGAAACGUCGGCAAGAGCAGCAUGGAGGAGUAAUGGAUUGUGAUGCGAGGGGAGAGAUGUCGUCUUCCUCCUCUUCUACCUAUGCACCGUCAUCUAUGGGUCAAGGAGACCAUAGAAAACAUUCACAGUCCCACCAAACGUCCCUCGGUGGUGGUAGCAGCACCACCGCCUCCCCAAUGAAAACUAAAGUCCCUUCCUCGUCAGCUUCAGGGCAAGACAGACGUCAUCACAGUGACAAACGGGACAAAGGCUCACUCAAACUCCGCCUGGCCGUUCCUGGGUCUGGCGGCAGCGCCCAGCUGGACAAAAGUGGACAACCCAGCAAAGACGAGCUUAAGAUGAAGAUAAAAGUUUCUUCAUCAGAGUGCCACAGCUCAUCAGACGAAGGCAUGGCUGCCAACAACAACAACAAGAGUAAACAUUCCAGCCCGCUGGUGAGUAAGGAGAAACAUCGUGGAGCGGAGCACAACCUCCAUCGCCAUCACAAGCACAGUCACCCUCACACACACAGCGGCAACGGGCGAGGAGGCCCUGAGGGGCCGGGUGGCGGGGGAGGUUUGCUGCGCGGUCCCCCGGGACUGAUCAGCAUGGAAGGGACAACGCUCACCGCUCCUGGAUCCACCUCUUUGUCUUCAUCCAUGUCGCGCAAGAGGGCGCACCCAGAGGUCAGCCACAACCACCACCCUCCCUCCUCGUCCUCCACCUCUUGUUCCAAAGUGAGCAAAAUCUCCAAGGGUGGCUCUGGUGCUGCAGGUGGGCUGCGGACCUCUCAGCAGUUCCCUCCUCCUAGUGAAUCGCCACAUGAAGUGGGAGAGCAGAGACACUGAGUCCGCCGCUCUGCAGCUGUGGCCAGCACAUGGAAAUGGCAUCAAACUACUCACAGUUGAGACUUUGAAGACUAUGCUCACCUCCUUGUUAAGUGCCCUAGAAAAAAUAACUCUUUAUGUGAUGAUAAACCCUUUACUGAAAGGCAGAAAAAACCUCCAAAAACACAAAAAGUAUUGUUGGACUUCUCAAUUUCCAAGAGACGAGAGAGAUGAAAAUUAUGCUUCCUGACUGUCACAUCUCCGGGCUGCGACGCUCAGUCCUGUUUUUCUGUUAGUGAAUUAUUGAAUUGCUGCUUGGUUCUCCUUCCUCCUCGAAUGAGUCUAGGAAUGUGCAAAGGUGGGUGGAUGUGAGUGAUGUGGGGAGGGGUUGAUUGUGUGAUUCCACCGGGGGGGAUGGGGGGAUUUAGUCCUUUCCUACAUUUCAAAGCUCCGUACGGGGGAAACAAAAGUAUUACCAGUACUAUAAAAGGCAUAGAAGGUGCACUUUGUUAAUUUUCUUCCUCUAUUUUUUUUAAUAAGUAAUUUAAUUGAAUCAUAUUUCUGCAGUUGGAUGAAGGAAGCCAGUGGCAAGCUGGAGAUGAGUUCAAGUUAUGUUUGCUGGCAUUCCAUUUAGUACUGUUGAUGGAUGCAAUUUUUUUAGGUGUAAAGUUUCAUCUCCUCAAUUACUUUCUUGUCUUGAUUUCUUUUAUACUUAAGUACUGUGCGUAUGAUUUGCAUGUUUCAAUCAUCAAAGGGAUUUAAAAGGAGAGAGCUUACUUACUGUUUACAGGAAGGAGAUAAAUGUACAUACGUUUUUGUAUGUUUAAAGAAAAAAAGCUAUACCAUGACUACUCAGGUUUGGAGCUGCUUGUAAGUAUAAUAAGAUAACUAUAAUAACUAUAAAGACUUUUAUUUUGUUGAUCUACCGUCUGGGCAUCGUCGGGUAAAUGAUUGCAGCAUUCCAGUGGUGUGUGCUUCUUACAGCCUUCCUACAGAGGGUGCUGUACUGUGCUUUUCCAUCACAGGAAACAUCAGUUGAUGCCCUCAGCAACACAGGCACAUUCAGCACCUACUAAUCACAUCAAAGCAAUGCAAUUUGUACCAAAAAUUAUUUUUUUGGACCUAAGUAGACCUUAAGCUGGACGCCAAAGGUUUUGCCUCAAAAAGAAAAAAAAAAAACAGCUGACAAGUACAAUAGUAGUGUGCUGUUAAAGUUUACAUAACCCUUUUUAUUUUGAAGUGCAACAGACAUAAUUUCAUGACAUGAAGCUGUAGCCCUUUAGAUGUCAGCCCAUAAAAGGGAUACAUGUGUUAUUCAGUCACUCACUCAGAAGGUACUAUAAAAGAAACACACUUGUUGGCUCUUUCCAUUUCACCAACAGUUGACAGAACAGUAACUAAUUGGCCAUAUGCAGGAUGAACCUCAAGAAUCUGCAAUGUGGACGUGCUUGAUCGUUUUUGUCACUGACGUCCUCAUCUAUUUGGUUGAAUUUCCAUCUCUACAUCAGUUUCAUACAUUAAACUCUAUUGUUCUAAAAUUUUGAAAUGACCCAGUCCCCUCUGUUCUCGACUGGGUUACUCUUUUAUUUUUACUGUGCAAAAUACCUAGUAACCCUGAGGCUGGGUUGUUUGUACCCUCAUUAGGGGUUUUAUAGUUGGGCACACAGAACAACUGCAGUUGUGGACAAAUGAGCAUAAGCCACUCUUUCCAUCCUUUUUUUCUUUUCAUUAUUAUGAAUAAACUUCAAAGCUGCCGCUAUCCUGACAGUAUAA